ACCUUGACAACCUCUCACUCUUCCAAGAUUUCCCAGAAUAAAAAGGAGAAGACCAGUAAUUAUUUCUUCUCCCAGCAAAAACUCCAUCAAUUCUCAUCAUGGCCACCCCCCUCCGCAUCGGCUUCGUGCCCGAGCACUUUUCUACCCCGCUGCACUUUGCUCAGAAAUACUACGGCCUCGAUGCCACUCUCAUCCCGUUUCCCUCAGGCACCGGCCACAUGAUUACGGCUCUGCGAGCGAAUGAGAUUGACAUUGGCAUUGGCCUGACCGAGGCUUGGAUUGCAGGGCUGGGCAAAGACGGAGUCGAGGGAGAUGGAGGAUAUCGCCUGGUGGGCACCUACGUUGAGACGCCGCUCUGCUGGGCCAUCUCAACCGGCGCUCAACGCCCUGAAAUCACAUCCGUCGACUCCCUCAAAGGCGGCAAAAUCGGCGUCUCGCGCAUCGGCUCCGGCAGCUACGUGAUGGGCUACGUCCUCGCCGACAAGAACGGCUGGCUGUCCACCCCGGGCGCAGACUCCCCCUAUUCCGACCACGUCGUGCUCAACACGUUUGAGAAGCUGCGCAACGCCGUCAACUCGGGCGAGGCAGACUUCUUCAUGUGGGAGCACUUCACGUCCAAAAAGUACUACGACUCGGGCGAGAUCCGCCGCGUGGGCGAAAUCUACACGCCGUGGAGCAGCUGGAAGAUUGUGGCGUCGACGAGGCUCACCCAGGGCGGGCUGGACGCUCGUGUAAAGCAUCUGUUUGAGAAGCUGGACCAGGGCGUGGCGCACUUCAACAAGAACCCAGACGAGGCCGUCGAGUACAUUUCAACAAAUCUGGAUUACUCGGCCGAGGAUGCUAGAGAGUGGCUCAAGACUGUCACGUUUCCGGCCAAGACAGAGGGCGUCAAGCCCGAGGUGGUGACGAGCUGUGUGUCCAUCUUGCGCAAAGCUGGCGUGCUAGUGGAAGGCAAAGGCAUGAGCGCAGGCCAAAUGACUGUGUGAAUGUAUUCAUCAGAGAAGCUUGAAAAUAAAAUAAAAGGUUGCUACC